AUGGAAACACCUGAACCAAACACUCAACCUAUUACUACUACUUCUUCUUUACCACUUCCUAAACUCUAUAAAAAGACUAAUUCUCAUAAAAUAGAAAACUUUAUUGAGUACUCUCAUGUUCCUGAAGAUGCUCAAAUUUUUGAAACAAUACCUCCUCUGUUAAGUCCGUACAACAUCUUCAAAAGACAAAGAAGUGUUACCAGAUCCAUCUGA